UCACGAUGGUAGCAUUAGACAAAAAGUGAUGUAAAGUCUAUGCUGGCAUGGGGGAAUUCCCACGCACUUUCCUGCUUUACACCUUUUACAAAUCAUGUCUCAUUCUCGGUCAACUUUAGCUGGAUGUUCCUGGUGGGGUUUUGGAGACAGUUUUAUCGGUGGAACGUAAGAAACUGACAUCGGUAUCAACAUUUGCAGAGCUCCCACCGACUUAUUUUUCGCGCCUUUUGAGUUAUUGUGCAGACAACUGACCGUCAAUACUUUGCAGUCAUAACAAGUUUAGUUGCCAUAGACACAGGAGUCUCUCGAUGCCUAAUCCGCACUCCGUUCGCAAAAUCAAAAUGGCCGACAACGGUAAGGAAGAUAUAACCACUAAGCAAGAAAACGUGCAACCAAUAAAAGUAACUUUACGCGCUGCUAUUGAGAAAGCUGAACCCCCUCCAAACCCGCAACAAGGAGGCGGUGAGUUUAAAGGAACUGUACACCCCGGGUUAGAGGCAAGCCACAACCCACAGGAAGAUGCACCGAGUGCCCCUCCAAAUGUGGUAUCUGUGAACGGAUACCUAACCCGAGUGGAGAACUCUGACCGACUACGUCUUGAACUCGGUAAACGUCCCGAGCCUCAGACGAACCCGUCAGCGGGACAAGACUCAAGAACUUCUUCAAAAUCACGGUACAACGUCUCGGUUGGUCCGCUGACCAACAGUCCUGCCGUAAAACCAGCUUCAAAGGGCCGUCGGAAUGAUCAGAGAGUACCGAGUCGGGGGUCGGGACGAAGGAGCAAGAGCCCGAUGUUUAGUCUCGUCCCAGUUCCGUCACCGAUGCAGGUCGGACCACCCCCGGUAGCUUCGUCGAGCCGACCCGUAGUCCAGCCUGCUCCACCACCGUCUCAAGCCAAGUUUGGGCACCAACUACCAGCGAUGGUGACGUAUCAGUCUGGAAACAUUGCUGUAGCAACCGAGAAAAGACAUCCAGUAGCAGACGCGCACCGACCACCACCGGCCCCGCAGCCGUCCCAUAGACCGGGCCCACAGCCGGCCCAGAGACCGGCCAAGCCGUCCCAUAGACCGGACCCACAGCCGACCCAGAGACCGCUCCAGCGACCUGGCCCACAGCCGCCCCAGCGACCGGGCCCACAGCACUCGCAGCGCCCGGGCCCACAGCCGCAGAGACUUGGCCCACAGCAGCCGCAGAGACCGGCAGCCCCACAGCAAUCUUUCCCGGUGGACCCGAGCUUCAAUCUCUGCAUGGCUGUAGAGUGCCAUCGAGCUACGGGUCAGGAUGAAGAUGGGGACACACCGCUUCAUAUUGCCCUGGCUCAAGAGUUUGUUGAUGUACGUCUUGUGCGACGGCUGGUGGAACUGUUCAAGUUAGCUGGAAAACCAUUGGACGUCUUUAAUGAUAUGCAACAGACUCCACUUCAUAUAGCAGCAAUUACCGGCAAUCCAGAUGCAGCACGUAUUCUGGUGGAGAACGGUUCGAAUGCAAACGAGACAGAUCGAAACGGUCAGACAGCCAUGCACAAUGUUUGCUCCAAUCCUUGCCAAGGGUCUCGAGACACCCUGGAUGCAAUCAUCAGAUUCACUAAGGUCAAACUAGACUUGGACACAAGGAACUACUGCGGUUUAGGUCCACUACACAUAUCAGUGAAGCACAACUUGUUACAUCUGUCCAAAGUGCUUAUAGAUGGUGGUGCAAACACUAAUGCUGUGGACGCUAAAAGUGGUUGGACACCACUUUUCCACGCUGUCACCAAUCAGGAUCCUGAGCAUGUGCAGAUACUCCUGUGUGCGGGAGCACAGGUCAAUAUGCAGUCAUAUUCUGGUAAUACUGCCCUCCAUGUUGCAACCGGGCGAGGGUUCACGGAGAUCGUGCGACUCCUGAUGCGAUACGGUGCGGACAUGAGCUUGAGGAAUACGCACAAAGACACGCCGGGGAUGGUAGCGCAGGACAACAAUCAGAUGUCAAAUAUCCUGAGAGGCGUCUCAUCCAGUCCCUCCGUGGGUUCAAAUCCGCACUACUCUUCACCAAGCUCCCAUCCACACCCCAUGACCAACGGGAUGGCCCUCAAACCCUCCCCCACACCCUCCCAAAACUAUCAAGUAAUGUCCCAGACUGCCUUGCCCUUGGGGAAACACGGAGAUAACACAGGCAAGAAGCCCCGAGCGACACGCAAAGAUAAAGGAUCUCGUAGAGGUUCCAACGCCGCUAAGAACGAAGCAUCUUCAAGUAAUCCGGGGACGCCGACAACCACCGCGAGUAGCAGUGUCGCGAGUGACGGCUCAGGUAUGAGUCAGGACGAGUCAGACGCGGUCGUACCAACGAGUCAUCGGGUGUCGGUAAUCGUCGAGCCGAAGUCUGUGAAACGCCGUUUUCUUGAGCAAAAUGAGAAAGACCAGCAAGAGAGACAUAGCAAGACACCGUCUCCUAGGGGUGAUAAAAUGACACAUAAUAAAAAAAUGAAAAUUAAUCUUGAAGCAGGAGCCGCGUUGCCACAAAGCAUACCGAAACUUCACGACUCUGGAAGCGCCACCGUUGAUCAGUCUGAGCCGAUGGAUCUCACCAAAGGCAAAACAAAAGAUGCGGUUGUCAUAGUGAAGCAGAAAAAGGAGGUGGUGACGAACGGACAGACCUCUACGGCGCCUAUUCUCGCCGAUAAAGUAAAAGAUGAACUUAAACCAGAACAACGGUCAAUACCAAACGGAGAUGCAAUGGCAAACCCACUCUCAUUAAGUCAUAAAAAUGAUGUCGUUGGAAAAGGAGGAACAGUCAAGACGGCAGAGAUGGUUGAUGAAUUACCUAAGACGCUCGAUCGUGAUGAGGAGAAAAUGGACUUAGUUGAGGCCGAGAAGGAUGUGGCUAAGACAGAGGAUAAGGUCUCUGACGUCUCAACGCCCAAGAAAGAAAGGAAGAGGAAGAAGAGUGAUAGAUUACCUCCAAAGAAGAGAAAAUAAAUUAACUUGUAAAGAAUUCUUGUUUAUAUUAAGCACUUUUCAAAGUUUGCAGCGGAUUGAAAAGCCUCUAAUCAAAUUGAACAAAGCAGACCUGGAAUUACACGCAGGCCAAAGAGGCCAUGGUCUCCGUUGCCCCUGGCUCUUAGCAGGCCUUGUAAUAAUUACAGCAAUUGCCGUGAUGCCCUGUGCUUUUAGUGUUGUGUCCUUAGCAAACUUCCAAUAUUAUAAGUUAUCACACAAGCGCGAGUGGAAUACGGGAAAAAAAAAAAAUCGU